GUCACUCUCAGCCCUCUCCAGGGGAACUUCCCAAGUCAGUUGACGUUCCCGAGAAAACACGGCUCCAGAAGAUAUUUCAUUAUCAACAAAAAUGAGAAAAUAACCCCAGAAGCUCGACUAAAAUGUUGAAUAGUGUUGUGUAAUAGGUAGUGACGAUUAGGGUUCCCAGACACUCCACUAUGUUCCCCAUAUUUGAACGGAAAUUUUAAGUGCAAAUCAAAUAAUUAUAAUAUUGUAUUGAGAUUUUGGGGAUUGAAUUAUUGUAGAAAAGGCGAGAGGUUUAAAGUGUUCAUGAGGUUUUUCAAUGGAAAAUAUUCCGCGUUGUAGUUUUCCCCAAGUAAAUUGCUGUUCCAUCGUUAUGUUCGAGUGUCAUAAAUUGUUCGUAUUUCUGUAAUAUUUAUUAUGCACAUUUCUAGAGAUUUAUUCCAGUUCGGGUCAUUUCGCGCUCGAGCGUCAUUUAGUUAAUCCUUCGUUACACUCUCGGUGCACGUUUUGGAGAGUUUUCACCUUUUUUUGCUUACAACUUAAUCCGUUCUGUUUCCGAGGGUUGCAGCAGGUUGCAGUGAGGCGCGAUGCCUCUUUACCUGGACUCGGAAUUUCCCCUACGAUGAAUGCGCGACAUCCCCCUCUCUCGGUACCCUCAGUGACCUCCGCCCUUAGGAUUUAUUUUCGGGUUUCUUGCAAAAUGAUUCGUUGAACCCUCUCUAUCCCUAAAAUUGGUGAGACCUCAUGGAUGUUUGAACGAGUGGAGAGUUAGAAGCCAAAUUGACAUUCCCGAGAAAACGCAGCCCCUGAAGUUGAAUUUGAAUUGAAUAGACUCAGCUCUAUCCCAAAAAAAUCCAAAUGACGUCUGAAUAAUUGUGUUGAUGUGUGUCGCGAGGACUCAGCGAUUAACCUCUUCAUCGUGACAUUAAUCCGACGUCGAGAGCGCCAUUAUCUAUGAUAUUCGUUCCAUCAGGUGUUUAAUUCCAUUCACGACCAGAUGAUUUUCGUGCUCGUCUCGUCGGAAUGCUGCUCAAUCUAGAUUUUCCCGAGUAUCUCAAUGACAAUUAGUUGCCCAGUGCAUUAAUUUGCACACAAGGGCACCAGAAAGCCCGAAUCACGUCUAGGAAACAUGUGCAGAUGUUACGUAGUACAAUUAGAUGGAUGACAGGUCUAUCGAGCAACAUGGAGCAGAAUAAAUCAACAAAUAAUGUGGAGAGCACUGCCAGCACUAGCGAAGUGCCAGUCACACCAGAUGCCAUCGAGGUCGAUAAUUCGCAGACGAUACUGCUAAAAAUAGCUACACUAUAUGCUGAACGACUUAUGAAUGAUAUUUGCUUGGUCGUGGAUGGAGUUGAGUACCCUGCGCAUCGAUUGAUUCUGUGUGCAUCCAGUGAUGUGUUUCAGGUGAUGCUGAUGUCCCCUCAAUGGUCAGAAUCCCAAGAAUCCCGCGUAACGCUGCAAGAAACCCCGCAAUGUGUCCCCCUGUUCAGUGAGUUCCUGCGUUACUUCUACACCGGUCAAAUUCGCAUAAGCUACGAGGUAGUCCUGCCAAUCCUCUCCCUCGCUGACAAAUACAACGUCCGAGACUUGAUAAUCCUGUGCCUUGAGUACAUGCAGAACCACAUAGCAGUGGCGGCCAUCCACGGCACCCUAGUCUCCUGGCUGGAGUACACAUCGAACUGCGGCCACCAGGACAUCACCCAGACCUGCCAGAACUUCAUAAAAUGGAACAUUGAGCUUGUAGCCAGAACAGCGGACUUUGGAAAUUUCGAGCUAGACGUUCUGGUGACACUCCUCCACCAGAGUGACCUCGUCAUCAAGGACGAGAUGACCCUGUACAGAUGCCUGGAGGACUGGCUGGACCACCAGGCGAGUCGUCUCAAGGUCCAGCUGACCCCCGCAGAAUUCGAGUCGACGCUGAAGCAACUCGUUGUCGCUGUGAUGACUCCAGUGAGAUUUCCUAUGAUGUCUCCAAGGCAGCUAGCCGAGCUCCUGCUCUCCCCUUUGACCAAGAAGUACAAGGAGUUCUUCGUCGAGAGGAUGGCCAUAGGGAUGGCGUUUCACUCUGGCCAUCAUGAAAGAGUCCGUGAGGUCAUCAGGACUGAGGACGACGGGGCCUUGCUGUUCGAGCCUAGGUUGUACAAAGUCGACACCUGCAGCUCCCUCCUGACCAUCGAGAACUUCCACAGUCUCCCCUCGUACCACACCAGGACUCUUGUCUUCUCCAGUCACUCGUUCCUAGCUGAAUACGCUGGGGAUCGGGCCUGCGAGUGGGUCGUGGACAUCUAUCCGAAAGGCGUAUGGUUCAAGAAGUUCUUUCUUAUUGUGUGGCAGGGGACUGUCGAGAUGCCUGAGCAUGUCAUCAGGUCGGUCAGGCUGUCGUUGACCUGCAAAGAACCACCGACUGAUCGCCAUGAGGACAUGAGGGUCAAGAUUGGGGUGCUUAUUUAUGGUCUCCAGGAUGGGGUGGAGCAUAUUGCCAGGGUCACUGAGGUCAUCCAUCGGUUUAAUAAGAAGGACAGGGUUCUCAAUCUGGAUGAUCUGCUGCCCUUUGAGGAGCUCAAUCCACAACAGGGGGUCGUCCACAAUGAUAAUCCUGUUUCUCCGUUCCUUGUGGGGGCUAAUAAGGAUAUGCUCAAAUUGCAUAUUGUUAUUUCACCGGCUAAUUAGGGGGCAGGGUGGGGCAGGGGUGAAACGUCUGUGAGGCAUCCCUGACAGUUAAAUCAGAGUGUUUUUUCAUUUCCCCAAAAGGUUGCGAAUUCUUUUUUGGGGGAAUUUCGGGCGAGGGAAUGAGUGAAUUUUUCUUUGAGAUAAGUAAGUUUUAGAUAAAUAACUUGGGAUCAAAGGGAAAUGGAGGUCUUGUCUGGAUUUUUUUCCUAUGCCAAUUUUGGUGGCUUUUCAAUUAAGACACAUUGGGAGAUUUUUCUUCAGCAAAGAGUUAAGUUGAAAGGACAUUGAUGUGCCUUCGUCCUGUGACACUGGAAAAUUAUUCUUUUGGAAACUUCAUAGAGAGAGAAUGGGUCAUUUGUCUUGGGAAUGAGAAGCUUAAACAAUUCUUAUGAAAAUUAAUGAAUUAAUUGAUUGAGAGAUUUUUUUUAUUUCUUCACAAUUGAAUUGUGUAAUUGUUGCGAAAAUUUCUAGUUAUAGGGGGAAAUAUCGAGAGAUAUUUGUUUUCAGCUGAAGAAAUUUUCAGUAAAAAUUGUUGUAAAGAUAAUUUUAUAUUUAUCAUCAUGAAAAGAAUCGACAGGUUUGUUACGUUCCACGACUUCCAUUGAAGUCUCUUUAUUUUGUUGUUUUGGCUAGUUUAUUUGGAUGAAAAUUACAUCAACGAUUUUUUUACGCUGGGUUUGUGCAGAGAAUUGUGGGCAAAAUAAUCGUUGUCGUACCGACAUAUCUGCGUACCAGAUUGAUUGAGGAUUUAUUAUCUGAAAUUCUGCUUUGAUCGUGCAGUUUAAUGCCGGGAAUUCCAAGUGGUCCGUCACGCGUAACUGUGCCAAUAUUAUGUUUCUUUUUCAAUUGUUCAUAUGUAAUGCAUAUAUUUGAUGAGUGCUUGGAGGGCGAUGUGCGAUGAAGGGAAAUUACGAGCGGAAUAAUUAAUAUAACAUGGUGAUUGUAAUUUAUGUGAUAUCCAGAGAGAUAUUUUGUGAGAAUACAUGUCGAGUGGAGUAAUAGUAAAGCUUAUUCAUUUGAGUA